AUGGUUAAGGUGGAGGAGGUUCGACGAGCAGAAGGAACUGCAACAAUAUUGGCAAUCGGGACAGCAACUCCAGCAAAUCGGGUGGAUCAGAGCACGUACCCGGACUACUAUUUUCGGGUCACCCGUACCCAACACAUGACCCGACUCAAAGAGAAAUUCAAGCGCUUGUGUGAAAAAUCGAAUGUUAGAAACCGGCAUAUGUACUUGACGGAAGACAUUCUGCAAAGAAAUCCAAACAUCACUGCCCACGGAGGGGCUUCACUGGAUGCUAGGCAAAAAAUUGGUGUGGCCCAAGUACCACUACUCGGCCAAGAAGCUGCCCUCAAAGCUAUCCAGGAGUGGGGCCAGCCCAAGUCCAACAUCACUCACCUAAUAUUCUGCACCUCUAGCUGUGUUGAAAUGCCUGGGCCCGAUUACCGGCUUGUCAAGCUCCUUGGCCUCCCUGACUCGACCCGACGUGUGAUGAUAUACCAACAAGGUUGUUUUGGGGGAAGCGCGUCUCUCCGACUCGCCAAGGAUUUGGCUGAGAAUAAUAGACGCGCACGUGUUUUACUCGUGUGCUCGGAGAUCAAGGUGCAGACAUUCCGUGGCCCUUGUGAGACGGAUUUGGAUAGCCUUGUGGUCCAAGCGUUGUUUGGGGAUGGAGCGGCUGCAGUUAUUGUUGGGUCAGACCCGGACCAAGGGCUGGAGACGUCUUUAUUUGAAGUGAUCUUGGCCAACCAAACCAUUCUCCCAGAUAGUGAUGGUGCAGCUGUUGGACAGUUAGGUGACGUUGGGCUGGUAAUCCAACUUAGCAAGGCCAUCCCUCGGCUCAUUGCGGACAACAUCGAGAAGAGCUUAAUAGAGGCAUUUGAGCCUUGGGGUGUCUCCGAUUGGAACUCAAUUUUCUGGGCCGUGCACCCAGGUGGACCCAAAAUUAUAGAUCUAAUAGAAAAGAAGUUGGGAUUGGAGCCCGAGAAACUAAGGUUUACAAGGCAUGUCUUGAGCGAGUAUGGAAACAUGUCAAGCUCGAGCGUGUUUUUUGUACUGGAUGAGAUGAGGAAGUCAUCUGCUAGAGAUGGGCUGAGCACCGCUGGCCAGGGCUUAGAAUGGGGUGUGCUAUUCGGGUUUGGACCUGGCUUGACAUUGGAGACUGCAGUGCUCCGAGCCUCAGGUCAUUAGACAGCGAUCUAGGGGUCUACUGAGCACAAUCGUUACUGGCGUACUACUAGUCCCAUAAUUCCCCUCUCCAGUAAGAAAUUUGUCUAAAUCCAGUGCAAUUGUUCACUUGCUAAAUGACUGAAUUUGUAAGCUCAAUCAAGCUAUUCAAAUGGAUGAAUAAGGAUCUUGAGAGUGUUUUUCAUCAGAACAUGUUUAUUCGUGACUUUAAAUAGACACGCCUAUGCUCUAACGUCGCUUUUACGUACGCAAAAUUGCAAGAAGCAGGGGGCAGAGAAUGAUUAGCCACAACCCCAGACCGCUUAACUACAAUCUACAACAGGAAAGCAAAAU